AUGCGCAUCAGCCAAUGUGGGAGUCCUGCUGCCGCCGCUGCAUUCUCCAACAGCUCGCGAUAUGGAUGCUUUUCGGUUUCAUCGGUACCCGGAUGGGAAAGACUUGCGCCGCUCUCCAGACCGGAUAACUCGGGUUAUACCCCUGUUCAAGUACCUACAUGGCAUGAAUUGACGCAUCCCGACAUCGACACACCCCGUAUCCCGUACCGCUCAAUGCGUGCUACCACGAGCCCCUCUUAUCACGUCCUUCGAACCAUGGAAGGAGAGUGA